AUGCAUCAUAUGGAUCCCAAUGCCUCUUGGAACCAUGUUGAUUGCUGGGCUGGUAUUGGAGUAAUUUUGCGCGACUCUCACUGUAAUUUCAUUGCAUCUAAGGCCAUCCCUUCCACCGCCUCUUCGACUCUGGAGGCGAAAACCCAGGUUGUUCUUAAAGGCUGUAAAUUGGCUCAUGAUCUUGAUUGUACAAGUGUGAUAAUUGAAUCGGAUUCGAGAGGUGUCAUACAAUGUUUGAACGGUAGUAUUGCUAAGGGAGCGUGGGCAAUUUAUCCCAUUCUCAAUCGUAUCAGAGAGCAGCAAACUCUUUUCCACUCGUGCAGAUGGUCUUGGACCUUGCAAGUGGCCAAUGAAGUGGUCGAUUUAGUGGCGUUGCUAGCUAUGGUAAGGAUGAGCAAUGAAGUUUGGGUCCACAGACCCCCAUCCUUGCUAACUCAUGUUCUGAACAAUGAUGGGCGGCCUUGCCCCCCUUUCGUCUAA